AAUUUCCAAGAUUCCCCAAAAAAGCCUUUAACCUAACCAACUUACUUAUAUACAGCCUCAUCGUCUCUAAGCUCAACAACAAUCACAUUCUUCUCCAAAAGAAAACAAAUCUCUCUCCCUAUUUCUCUCCUCUGCUUCACCACCAAAAAGCAUCUUCUUCUCUCGUCUUCUCCGGUUAAACUAAAAUCUGUGUGAAUCGUUUGUGAAUGGUGGAAACUAAUCCGAUCGGUGGUAAGUUUACGCUCUCCCUUUCCAUCAAAAGGGCGAGCUUUUUCCUUCCUCUCUCGACAUCCUCUGUUUUCGCUUUCGGAUCUUGCAAAGAAGGCUGGUACUUUCGCUGCCUUGGCCUCGACCCGUGAACGAUUCACCCCAAAUUUUCACACCCAAGAACCCUAAUUUCCUAAAAAAGGGUUCUUUUUUGAUUCUCUGUUACUUGUGAGAUUUGCUCUGUUUUUUGUUCUCUCUUGAAAAAAAAAAGUUUUCGAAGAUGUUGCUCUACAACAAGCAGAAGAAGAACCAAAACGCUAAAGGGAAUAGAAUUCUCAUUAGCGUUACGGUUUUGGGUAGUGCCGGUCCGAUCCGGUUUGUUGCUUUUGAAGAUGAUCUUGUUGCUUCUGUUAUCGAUACUGCUCUUAAAUGUUACGCUCGUGAAGGUCGUCUUCCACUUCUUGGAUCUGAUUUCAAUGAUUUUCUUCUUUAUUGUCCUAUGGUUGGACCUGAAGCUUUAACCACAUGGAAUGCAAUUGGAUCGCUUGGAGCAAGGAACUUUAUGUUGUGUAGGAAACCAGAAGAGAAGAAGGUUGAGGAAAGUAAUGGAAGAUCUAACUCUAACAUUAAUGGAGCAAGAAAAGGUGGAAGCUUGAAGGCCUGGAUCAACAAAUCCUUCAAUCUCAAAGUCCCAAGCCAUUAAGAUUAUGUUUCUUCUCUUUUAUGAAACAAUAAGACCAAUCUUUGUUUUAUUAUUAUGUUUUCUUUGUUUCUGUUUUUUUUUGGUUUUGAAUUAUGAUUUUGAUUCCAAAGUUUGUUCUUUUCAUCUUUCAUUCAUGAAUAAAAGUAUCAAAUUCUUCUCUGCUUCAA